AUGGAUGCAGCUUUGAAGCCACCGGGUUUGCUUGGGGGGAAAUUUAUUUUUAAGAAGCUUCCCGAUGGAAACCUCGACAAGAAUGCCGGCCCAAGCACUGUAGUAGCGCAUACGAAGCGCCGUCAAGCUACUUUGUUUGAGUGCAACCGAGGCAAGCCCGUCAGCACAGCCCUCUCAGCCAGGCUAACUAAUCUCCUUACUCAGUGGAUUGCCACCAGCUGCCGGCCCAUCAGCGUGGUUGAAGAUGGUGGGCUCGAGCUUGUUCUCCAGACGGCUACAGGUGACCCGUCUUACAAACUACCUGCGAGGCGAACUAUUAUUAGGAGAAUACACGACCAGUACACCGCAGAGAAAGCCGCAAAAGAUGAGAAGAUGGUAGAAGCUAAUUGUGUAGCACUGACUGGGGACCAUUGGACUUCUGUCAACAACGACAACUACCUCGGCGUUACUGUACACCUCAUCGAUGCCAGCUGGGAACUGCACUCCUUCGCUUUAGGUGUGAUGAAAACAGAGGAGCGUCACCAUGCGGAAGCGUGUGCCAGGCAGUUUCUCGACAUCGCUAAUCAGUGGGGGAUAGCUGACAAAAUUAGCACCAUUGGAACUGACAGCGCGCCUAAUAUGUUGGCAGCAGGGAGGAUCCUGCCAUUCGAGCAUUUGCCCUGUGUUGCGCAUGUUGUACAGAGAACAAUUUUAAUGUCACUUCGGGAAGGUGGCUUUGAUGGUACACUGGCCAAGUGCCGUAAAGUGGUCGGACAUUUCAAACACAGUCCGGCCAACUCAAACGAGCUGAAUGUCCAGCAAGCCUCCCUUGGACAAGCUGAGGAGCCACUCGUGCAAGAUGUUCCAACACGGUGGAAUUCCACCCUUGAGAUGAUCAAGCGCGUGAGGCGCAACAGAAACGCACUGCACACAAUGCUGUCUCAGCAGAAACACAAUCUGGCCCUCCCAACAAAUGCUGAAUAUGAGAAGUUGGCAAAGCUAGAGGAACUAUUGGAGCCAUGCAGGUACAUCACUGAGCUCCUUGGUGGGGACAAGUAUGUAUCCUGCUCUGUGGUUCUACCUGCCCUGUGCCACCUUCAGCACGCGAUGAAGAUCUCAGAUGAUGAUCCUGCAUAUAUUGUAAGAUUCAAGGCUGCCUUCACCAAAGACCUCAACCAGCGGAAGGAGAAAAUAAAUCUGGAAUGGCUUAAGGUGGCGACUGCUUUAGAUCCACGAUUUAAGGACCUCAAGUGCCUGCCCAGAGCAGACAGGGAGCCAGUGUGGGCAUUGCUAAGAGAGUUGGUGAAGGGAGAAAAACCUGCUCUGCAGCCAUCAGGGGAGGAGAACCCUGAGCCACCCAAGAAGAAAACAGCCCUGCUACUGAUGGGAUCAUCAGACUCAGAAUCAGAUGAGGAAACACCAGAAGACAAUACUGUGGAGAGGUACAAGGUAGAGCCCAGUGCCAGUCUAGACCAGUGUCCACUGAAAUGGUGGUCAGAGCACACUGCUGUCUAUGGUAAGAUGGCCCACAUUGCCCGUAAAUACUUGGGGACUCCUGCCACAACUGUUCCAUGCGAGAGACUUUUUUCUUUAGCAGGGCAUAUUGUGCAGAAGAGGAGAUCUAGUUUGUCACCAGAAAAUGUGAACAAGCUGGUCUGCCUGAGUGACUGGUGGAAGAAGGAGAAAUAG